CGAUCGAUUGCUUUGGGCUGCCAUUUUUUCUUUCACCAGGAAGUAGUGGACUGUUUUCUGCCUGUUUCUGUUUCCACCAAGCACGAGUUCACUGGUUGCUAAACAUGAGCGAAACACCAAACGGAGCGGCUUCUGAAGCCAUUACGGUGCACAAUUUCUCUGAGAAGAUUUUGGAGCAGGUGAUACACUUCCACGUGAUGAAGCUCAGCGGAGGGUUCUUCCUGUGGCUCGGUUCUAGUCCGGUCCUGUCCAACCUGGCGGUGUCCAUGAGCUGCAGAUAUGAUUCGAUGCCUUUAUCUACAUUAGUCAUGGGGGACCCAUCUAAUACGGCUCCUAAUUCCUUGGCACAGAGAUUAGCAAAGAAGACCAAAAAGCAAGUAUUUGUGAGUUACAGUAUUCCCAUGACAGACUCCAACCUCAGUCUUUUGGUGGAGAACAGGAUCAAAAAGGAGCUGGAGCUUCACCCCGAACACUUUUGAACACAUUUAAUUGUUUAUUGAAAUCUGUUUUGUGUAGAACCGAGGACAUGUCGGAAGAAGGGGAACAUAAAAGUAGCUUCUCCUUCUUCUUUGGACUUACAUACUCCUACUGUAACCGUACACCAAGACAAUAACCACAAACAGUCACAUCAAGUGUUCUUUUAUUGACAUAAUAAAUUAAGUGGUUUAUUAUCAAAACAUGUAGGCCUAUGGCUUUUUGUACAAAUGCAUCAUAUUAAAAAAAUAACACUUA